AUGGAUGCGCACGCCCUCCUCUCGUCGCAAGGGUGGCGCGGCAAAGGCCACUCCCUCCACGCGACGGACGACGCGAUCGGGCUCGCGAAGCCCCUCCUCCUCAACCGCAAAGACAACACCAAGGGCCUCGGGCAGAAGGCGCACUUCACGAGCGACACGUGGUGGAUGAACGCCUUCGACGAGCAGCUGCAGGGGCUGGACACGUCGAAGCAGGGGCGGGUCACGCAGACGGUCACGCAGGGCCGGCUGAACCAGGUCGAGAAGGUGUCGGGCGGCAAGUGGAUGCUGUACGCGAGCUUCGUGCGGGGGGGCUUCCUGGACGGGACGAUCGGGCUGAAGGAGGAGGCGAGGACGGAGGAGAGCGGGGCGUCGACGCCGGAGAGCGAGGAGACCGGGGACGAGAGCGAGGGCGGGGUGAGGAUUGAGAAGGAGAGGGGAGAGACGAAGGAAGAGAGGCGGGCGAGGAGGGCGGCUAGGAGGGCGAGGAAAGAGGCGAGGGAGACGAGAAGGAGGGAACGUGCUGUGAAGAAGGCGAAGAAGGCCGAGAAGGCCGAUAAGGGGGAGAAGAGGGAAGAGUCGAAGGAAGAGAGGAGGGCCAGGAGAGAGGCGAAGAAGGCGAAGAGGGAAGCAAGGAAGGGGAAAUGA